UGUGAGAACGUUGAGGGUGCAUUGUUGGAAUCAACGACAGCGAAAUAGUUGAAAUGGAAGCUGGCUGUGAGAACGUUGAAGGUGCAUUGUUGGAAUCAACGACAGCGACCACCAAAGAAAUAGUUGAAAUGGAAGCUGGCUGUGAGAACGUUGAGAGUGCAUUGUUAGAAUCAACGACAGCGAAAUAGUUAAAAUGGAAGCUGGCUGUGAGAACGUUGAGGGUGCAUUGUUGGAAUCAACGACAGCGACGACCAAAGAAAUAGUUGAAAUGGAAGCUGGCUGUGAGAACGUUGAGAGUGCAUUGUUAGAAUCAACGACAGCGACCACCAAAGAAAUAGUUGAAAUGGAAGCUGGCUGUGAGAACGUUGAGGGUGUAUUGUUGGAAUCAACGACAGCGACCACCAAAGAAAUAGUUGAAAUGGAAGCUGGCUGUGAGAACGUUAAAGGUGCAUUGUUGGAAUCAACGACAGCGACCACCAAAGAAAUAGUUGAAAUGGAAGCUGGCUGUGAGAACGUUAAAGGUGCAUUGUUGGAAUCAACGACAGCGGUAAGUUUUUUCUGAUAAUUUUUAAUAAUAAGUAGUAAAAUUAACA